GGCGGCUAAUAUAGUGUCAGGUUGCCGCUGCAAGAUACAUAUCGCUUAGUAAGGUGCUAGCCGAUCGCAAGUUGCCGUGUGAUCAUAGUAGAAAGGCCGAGGGAAAGGUAGAGAGACAGAGGGCUCUGACCGCGGCUUAAUGGUGGUGUCUGUAACGUUCUCCCUCUCUGUGGGCUGGAUUCGGGAACUGACACUAUCACCUGGGAAAUAUCACCAUGACUGCCACUGCCUGUGUUCUCGGUCUGAUUGGCCAGUGACAUCCAAUGGCACUGGAGCAAGCUACACAACAGAUAGCUGGUGGUUGUUAUGGGCAAGUCUGAAAGCCAAAUGGAUAUAGUUGAAAGGAACCCGCAAAAAACGAAGAAGUCGUGGAAAUCGUGGAGCUCUCUGGAGAUCGGCUUGACCACCAUUGUGGUUUUACUGAUUAUUGUAGUGAUUGCUUUGAUCGCUUUAUAUGCAACACGCAAGGAUAAAACAUGUACCACUCCAUCGUGUGUAUCCGCAGCUGCCCGUAUCGUGGCGAAUAUGGACCAAGCUGCAGAUCCUUGCAACAAUUUUUAUCAGUAUGCCUGUGGAGGAUGGUUGAAGAAGCAUGUCAUCCCUGAAACCAGCUCCCGAUAUAGUACUUUUGACAUUCUGAGAGAUGAAUUGGAAGUCAUCUUGAAAGAUGUCCUCGAGAAGCCAGACAAUGGAGAUCCUGACGCGAUUAAGAAAGCAAAGACACUGUAUAAAUCGUGCACAAAUCAAACUGCCAUUGAAAGCAAAGGUGGGAAACCAUUAAUUAGCAUGCUGACCGGUGUACUCGAUUGGCCAGUCGCAACAGACAACUGGGAUGAGAAUUAUGGUAAAAACUGGACACUUGAGACAGUCAUUGCAACUUUAACAGCCAGAUUUGGAAAGCGUGUCAUCAUAGACUUUUUUGUUGGGACAGAUGACAAGAACUCCAAUGUUUACAUAAUCCAUAUUGAUCAACCCAGCCUAGGCUUGCCUUCCCGGGAUUAUUUUGAAUGCACUGGUGCUUAUAAGGAGGCAUGUGAUGCUUACUCCCUGUUUAUGAGUAAUGUGGCUACAUUGGUUCGUAAGGACAAAGGAUUAACCGUAAAUCACUCCCAAAUUGAGGAUGAUAUGAAUAUGGUUCUGGAGUUUGAGAAGGAGUUAGCUAAUGCAACAACCAAAUCUGUGGACAGAACUGAUCCCAAUCAACUCUACCACAAAAUGACUUUGCAAAAUGUGACCAUGAACUUCCCUAUCACAGUUGAUGCUAAGCAAUUCAACUGGAAGAAAUUCACCAACAAAAUUCUCUCUACUGUGCAUUUGAAUGUGACGGAAAAUGAGCCAGUUGUUGUUUAUGCACCAGAGUAUCUUUGGAAGCUAGCACCUAUUCUCAAUAAAUAUAAGCCGAGGCACCUUCAAAACUACGUUAUAUGGAGGCAGGUGAUGGAUCUUGUGGGUAGUCUGAGCUCUGCCUACAAGGAGACAAGAGCUGCGUUCCGGAAGGCUCUUUAUGGCACAACGUCAGAGAAUGCAGUGUGGAGAAAGUGCGCAAAUUAUGUCAACAGCAACAUGGACAAGGCUGUGGGACGACUAUACGUAGACGAUGCUUUUGCUGGGGAGAGCAAGAAAAUGGUUGAAGAACUGAUUGAGCAGAUUCGUGAAGUUUUCGUACAGAAUUUGCAUGAGCUCAGUUGGAUGGACGAGGAGACCAAAAAGAAAGCAGAAGAAAAGGCUAGAGCUAUCAGACAGAGAAUCGGAUAUCCACCUGACAUCAAAGACAAUGCCAAACUGAACGCUGAGUAUAAAAUGUUGAAUUUCAGCAUCGACGAAUAUUUCACGAACAUUCUUAAAAAUAUGCAAUUAGGACAAAAGAAGAAUCUGAAAAAACUCAGACAAAAGGUUAACAAAGAAGUGUGGAUUUCUGGAGCUGCAGUAGUAAAUGCCUUCUAUUCUUCCAGCAGAAACCAAAUAGUUUUCCCAGCUGGCAUUCUUCAACCACCUUUCUUUGAAAAAGGACAGCCAAGUGCAUUGAACUUUGGUGCUAUUGGCAUGGUCAUUGGCCAUGAAAUCACUCACGGAUUCGAUGACAAUGGUCGUAACUUUGACAAGGAAGGAAACCUCAUGGACUGGUGGACUAAGCAAUCAGCCAGGAAUUUCAAAGACCUCUCACAAUGCAUGGUGUACGAAUAUGGCAACUUUUCAUGGGAUCUGGCAGGUGGACAACAUCUCAGUGGCAUUAAUACACUAGGAGAGAACAUUGCAGAUAAUGGAGGCAUCAGACAAGCCUACAGGGCUUAUCAAUUACAUGUGAAGAAAAGUGGGAAGGAUAGCCUACUCCCUGGGAUCGACCUGAAUGACAAUCAGCUCUUCUUCCUGAACUUUGCACAGGUGUGGUGUGGAAUAUACAGACCGGAGUAUGCUGUCAACUCCAUUAAGACUGAUGUGCACAGUCCAGGCAAAUUCAGAGUCUUAGGAUCUCUCCAGAAUUUUGAAGAAUUCAGCAAUGCUUUUCAUUGCACAAAGAAUGAAUACAUGAAUCCUGAAAAGAAAUGCCGCGUUUGGUAGCCAAACUGUUCCUACUGUACUUUAAACUGUCUAGAAUGUCUUCUUCCAGGAUUUGUAAAUGGAUGAAAUGCUGAGCUGGAAUGAAUCACUUUGUACUUUGUAAAAAGGAUAAAUCAAUGCUCAUUUUCUUUUUUUUUGCUGAUACCUCAUAUCAAUCAAAUUACCCUAACUGCUAUUGCCCAACAAAUCAUUUGGCAAAAAAAAACUGAAUUGGUAAGUAUUGCAACUGCAUCAUAAGUCUCAGUUAUCGUAACCUCAUGGUUUCAGUUACAUGCAGUCCCAAUGAGAAAUGAAGAGACGUUCAUUCAAAAGCAAACUGCUGCAGAUGCUGGAAAUCUGAAAUAAAAACAGAAUAUGCUGGAAAUACUGAGCAGUUCAGGGCAGCGUCUAUGGAAAGAGAAACAGGGUUAAAAUUUCAGGCUGAUGAUCUUUCAUUAGAACAUUGAUUGAGCUUGUGAGCUGUGUGCAACUAACAUAACUAAAACGGUUGACUUAAAUAAGGUAAUGUGGAAGGUAAAAGGAAUGCAGUGAUAUGAUCAGUGUUUUAACCUGCUUGGAGGUUGUGAAUAACAGAUAGCAGGACCACUUAGUAAUUGAUUAGCGGUGAACACAAAAUGAACAAGUCUAAAUUGAUUUGAGUCUCUCCUAACAACUAGAAAAAUCAAUCAAUUGCUGUGAGAAUUUUUUUUAUAUAUAGAAAAGAGGGAAUUGUAGCAUAUUGAAAGGUAAAGGUAUUAGCAGCAUUGACAUUAAUGAUUGGGAGGAGCUUGUUACCAACUGUUCAGCAUGGUGACAACUUGCCCUGAAGCUGCAUCACACUUUGAGUCACAAUGUCUCACUGGUAAAGCAGAGAAAGAAAGAAUAGGAAGUCAGAUCCCACUACCUCAUGGGACAUCCUGCUCCAUGUGCCAAAGAUAAGCGGGUUAAGAAUGAACUGCUCAGUCACCUAAAGACCCAUGUAGGCUUAGACACUGACAGCGCUUGAGUAGCCAUUAUCUUUGUAUUGAGGGAUAGCAGACAAUGGAUUAAUGAAAUGCAGCUUCUGUUGUUAAUGCGGGGAAUUUGUCAAUUUGUUCAAAACAAGCUCACAUAAAAAGCAAUGCAAUAAUUGCCAGCUAAUCUGUUUUUUUUAUUAAUAUUGGCAUGGAUUUAAAAGCAUGGGUUAUGAGAAACUACAAUCAAAUAUUGAAUAGAAAAUACAGCAUUUAUUAACCCUGACUAUUCUAUAUAAGUGAGACCACAGAUAUCCAAUUGUAAGUCUAUUGUUCCUGACACACAUCUGUCCCCCUCAUAGCAACAAAAUAAUAUAAACAUUCUGAUAAUAAGUCACAGCAUUAGUAUUUUGGCAGAUAUAACUACUUGAUCUUUUGGAUAUUAGGCAGGAGAUUAGAAUCAUGCACAACUAUUGGGAACUUCAUCCUAACAGUGAAACAUCUUAAAUGGUUGGAAGAUUGAUCAUGGAUCGUCUUUGCCCGCAUUUCCAACCGAUGAGGCCACCUAACAGACUGGAGAUUUGUAAGUUCAGCCCUGUAAUAUGAAAGUAUUUGAUUUCAGCCCUUUGACUAGUAUGAAACAUUACUUUAAAAGUAUCCUUUCAAAACUCUGAAAUUAAAAAUAGGGUGGCCUGGACAAUAUUUUGUGUUGUUGAGGGAGCUUACUGUUUAUCAUUGAUCAUGGAUUCCCUUACAUUCCAACAGUGACUGCACUUCAAAAUACUCAAUGAGCUGUAAAGUGCUUUUUCAUGUCUUGGAAUCGUAGCAAGCACUAUAAUAAUGCAAGUCUUUCCUGUUGAAUCCUUUGUUUGUUUACAUUGUUCCCCCAUUUAAACAUUUGAGCAGAAACUGGGAAAGUGAUUAUUUGCAGUAAAUAGUUGUUCUGGUUCAGGUAUGCUAAGAAACCAGAAUUUUCACUCCAUUAAGAAUUAUUUUUUGCAAAAAUUGCAUGGUUCCUGCCACACAUGAUGAGUGUAAAAUUAUGGGCUUUCUCUUGGAUAUUGCUUCACAAGUCACAAUCCUUUCCUGAAGUCAUCCAUUGACAAGCCAACCCUGUCUAACUUUUAAACUGAAAGCCCUCCAAUAUUUAAACAUAAAAUUUGCGUCUGAACAACUCUUCCCAACUCUCCUAUAAAGUAUGUGUAUUUUGAAUCAGUUCAAAGUGGCUGCACUGGCAUGACUGACCAAGAGGUCAGUGGCUGUACUUGCCUGAGCAGAGUCAAAUAUUAAUGCCCUGUCUCCCUUCAAAUGAUGAUGCACUGUGGUACUUAUUUCCAAACUGGUCCUACCUCCACUCUUGUAUGUAACAACUGUAAGAACUGUAACAAAUGUAACAACUGGCUGUUCUUCACAGACCAUGGUAUGAGAGUGAGUAACUCAUUCUUUAAUUCCAAAAAGCCUGUCGACCGCAAGUCAGGACUGAAAUGGAAUACUUCCCAAAUUCCGUGGAUGUGUACGGCUCCAAAGAUAUUCAGGAAGCUCACUACCAUCCAGGAUAAAACGGCCAACUUGAUUGGCACCUGGUCCACUAUCUUCACUCUCUCCAACACUGAGGCUCAGUAGCAGUGCUAUGUGCCAUCUAU